GCAGCGUGUAGUCCUGCCUGCAUUCUGACAGGAGCCUCAGAAGAACAUACUGCUAUUAGCUGAAUAGGGUUAAAAAACAACAAUACUAGAAUUGACUAAGCUUGGCACCAUCUCCAGUAGUAAUGCCUUCACUCUGUUGCUAAUCGUUGAGGCAGUGGUCACUCUGGAGUUACUACUUCAGGUAGUGUUAAGACUUGAGCCUCUCCUUGAGGUGGUGGUCACUCUGUUUGGAGCUACUCCUUGAAUUGGGGGUCUCUCUGUUAGGAGCUAGUACUUGGGGUACUGGUCAAUCUGGAGCUACUUCUUGAGGCAGUGGUCAUGUUGUGGACACUCCUUGAGGUAGUGGUCACCUUGUUUGGAGAUGAUUUUAUUAUUUUUGGUGGAAGGCAGGGGUUGUGUGGAGUGGUCGACAGUAGUGCCGUAUUGGGACUGGACUUAGGAGUGGAAGAGGGAGAGGAGUGACAUGGGGCAGCUCAUUCUUGGGAGUAGAAUGGCAGCUGGUAGGCGGAGCCUAGUAGAUAGAAUGCCAGUCGGUGGGCGAAGUCUAGUCAAUCCCAGGGUAAGCCAAUAUAGCAACAGGCCCCAUGAGAGAGAGAGCGAGAGAGAGAGAGAGAGAGAGACUCGAAGACAGACAGUCUAGUACUGUGAGACAAACGGACAGGAUUCGGUCAUACCCUGGAAUAUAAAACGUUUUGGGACACUUACCACCACCUGCCUAUGUAGACUUCCAGCUGUCUGGCUCCACUUCGACUAGCUCCUCCCCCUGCGCCCUAUCGGUGGGUAGGUAUGAUGCUGACCAGGGGGAGGUGACAGGAGGAACUUUGUCCACCAUGGCCUUGGAGCAGAGAGGACCACCUCAGGAGGGCCUUUCCCUCUCAGCUCCUCACCUCAGGGGGUCCUGGGGGGAUGGCUUGCACCCUAGGCCCCUGGCCAUGCCCAAAGCCACGCAUAUCACCAGGCCCCAGAACAUGCCCCUAGCCCCGACCCUCACCAUUCCCCUGACCACACCCCUGACCACUCCGGGCCAAUCAGAAGCUGGUUCUGAUUCGGAGGGGGAGUAUGUGGAACUUGAGGAACUGCCGUCUCUCUCACCGCAACACACCCUAACUCAAUGCAUCAGCCUUGGUUACCAACGCACACCUGGACACACACCUGGACACAAACCUGGCUCAGCAACACACACAUCUGGACACACACCUGUAUCGGCAACACACACACCUGGACUCACACCUGGCUCAGCAGCACACUCGGCGGGGGACACACCUGGAUACACACCUUUAUCAGCAACACAUACACAGGGACUCACAGCUAUAUCAUCCACAUACUCACCGGGACAAACAUCUAGCUUAGCAACGCACACAGCUGGACUCACACCUGUAUCACCAACACACACAGCUGGACUCACACCUGUAUCACCAACACACACACCUGGACUCACACCUGUAUCAGCAACACACACACUGGGACAAACAUCUGGCUUAGCCACACACACAACUGGACUCACACCUGUGUCAGCAAGUCAGAGCGGGAAGGGGACCCCACUCAGGGCACCUGGAGGUCAGCCAGUCCGGCCCAGCGAGGAGACCCAGAGACACUCCUUCAUCCAGCCACUCACCAACUCCUCCAGCCAGCACCUCCUCACCACGCUCAGCCAUCCGCCUGCAGAAGAGCCGGACGAAGGGUUAACAAAGUCCUUAAAGGACUUGUUCACUGACUCGUUAACGGGCUCGUUGACAGUAUCAUUAACUGAGAGGCCGACCACAGACGCCAGGAGGCAAAACCUCCCGGUCGGCAGUCAUGUGAUGUCCCGCGGUGUUCUCUGCCUUCCUGGCAGCAGAGACCACCGCGGGGGGGCCGUAGUUACUGUGUGGAGCAACAGCAGUAUCUGGUGGCGUUGCAGCAGCAAAGAGCUGCUGGACAUCUUCCUUUACUUCUCCUCCAUCAGCAGGAAGGAAGUUCUUGCGUUAGGGCUCACAGUGCUUGUGGACGUCCGCAGCUCUUCGUUUCCCCCACUCCUCACACACACACUGUGCUACCUGCAGAAAAAUAUGGCAGGUUUCAUUCAUUCCGUGCUGCUAGUGGCUAACAGAGAUGACGUAGAUAUGGACAGGCCCCCUGCAUCUCAGGUGGUCACUAUAAAUGGUCUCCAGAGGUUUGUCGAUGUGUCUCAGCUCCCUGUAGAGAUGAACGGUUCCUUCUGCUACUGCCAUCAGAGCUGGCUCUGCUUCAGAUCACACGUGGAGAAGUUGACCAGACAGUGUGAAGAUGUCAUAAGCCUUCUGCAGAAAAACAUCCAAUGCCUUGAGUAUAAGCCCCUACCACUUUCUAAGGAGGUCACGCCCCUCCCCCAUUCCACAGAGGCCACGCCCCUCCCACAGUCUACUGAGGAGGUGCAGGUGUCGCUGGCCAGGUACAGGUGCGUUAUGAGCAAUGUCCUUCAGGACAGCCGAUUGGUUGACCUACAGAAGGAGGGCGGAGCUUCUCUGUGUCUCCUCCGUCGGGAGGAAAGCAGCUUCAACCAGACGGACGAUUACAGGGAGGCGGUGGGUGGAGUAGAGUGCCUCUACCAGCAGGUGGAUGAGCUUAUCCACGGUCUGGUGAAGCUCUGCAAUGCCGGGGGCAGGCAGAGGGACUUCAUCCUGGCGUUCAGCAGCUUGGAGCAGGGCUUCAGCCAGGUGCGGGGGUGGAUACAGCAGGUGGGAUACCCCACCCUCAGGCCUCUGGGGGAGCUGGAGGGCUCCUCUCUGGAGCAGAUCAACAAGAAACACCAGGACUUCAAGCAGUUCCGCCUCACUGCUGAUCGCGUCUGUCGGCAGGGGCAGGGUCUUCUCCAGAGACUCAACCAAUGGGACGACCUGUCCUCAUCCUUGCUGGACCCCUACAGGGUCAAAGUUCACUCUCUGAGGUCAGAGCUGUGGGAGUUCUCUGAGAGGGUGGAGGCUACCGGGGCACGCCUCAACAAGACCCUCUCCCUCUACAAGUUCUGCAACAAGGCGUAUGAUUCAGCGCUGCAGGGCUUGCGUUACCUUGUAACCAUCCCCAUGCAUGACUGUACUGAAGCGGCUAAAUGCCAGGCUGUGAUCGAGCGCCUGGAGAGCUACCGCAGCCAGCACCCGCCGAUCCCUGAGCACAAGUUCAUGGAGAUGAGGGUGGAGGCCGAGGAGCUGACGGAGGCCGAGGAGGCCGUCCCUCUCCAGCUCUGGACCUCCUCCAGGAAGUGGUAUCAGGAGACCAACCAGGAGUUCCACAGCAAGAUGGAUGCCGCUCUCAGAACCAGAAGCCGACUCCAGCUCGGCACCCCCUCAAACACCUCCUCCCUCCCCCUAACCACCACAUCCCCCCAGCCCUCCUGCCCUGGGACUCCACCCAGCUCCCCUGGGACUUCGUUCUCCUCCUCCCAAGAUACCCUGCCCUACUCCCAUGUGACGCCACCACCCUCCAAUGAGACUCUGCCUUCCUCCCAUGUGACUCCACCCUCCCCCUGUCAUGUGACUGCACCCUCCCCCUGUCAUGUGACUCCACCCUCAUCCUACGUGAACACGUCCUCCUCCGAUGUGACUCGACGCUUCUCCUAUGUGGCUCCGCCCUCCUCAUCAGCGACCCCGCCCUCCACCCCUGUGGCUCCACCCACCUCCUCAGUGACUCGUCGUUCCUCUAUGAGUCCUCCCUCCUAUCACGAGCCUCUGCCUUUUCAGUGGAGACGGGGCAGUAAGGCGUGGUGUAGCCCCGACCCCUCCACCCUUCACGAGAUGCCCAGCCGGGGGCGGGGUCUCCGUAAGUCCCAGAGCCUUGACCACACCCCCUGCCCCACCCCGGCCUGGCCGCCUCGCAGAGGGAACACCGGGGUCCACAUCAAAGGGCUGGAGAUCAGCCACUCCCAGCCCCGCCCCCUCAGCGCCGUCACCUCCACCCAGGUUCAGCCCCUCCCUCUCACCUCCACCCCCACCAAGGCCCAGCCUCUCAACCCCACCCCAACCCAGGCCCAUCCUCUCCCUGUCACCCCCACUCCCACCCUGGCCCAGCCUCUCACCCCCACCCCCAGCCAGGCUCAGCCUCUCACCCCCACCCCUCCCCGGGCCCAGAGCCCAUCCCCCACACCCUCCCACAGGGCUCAACCCAGCACCAAGGCCAGCAAGCAGCAGCACAUCGUGGACGAGAUGGUCUCCACGGAGCGGGAGUACGUGCGCUCCCUGCGCUACGUGACCCAGCAGUACUUCCCGGAGAUGGAGCGGCCGGACCUGCCCCAGGAGCUCCGGGGCCAGCGCUGCGUCGUGUUCGGGAACCUGGAGAACAUCCUGGACUUCCACUCCCAGUUCUUCCUCAAGGAGCUGGAGGCCUGCUGGAGACACCCGCUGAGGGUGGCCCAGUGCUUCCUACGCUACAAGGAUCAGUUUGGACUGUACGCUCUCUACAGUAAGAACAAACCCAAGUCUGACGCCCUGCUGGCUAGCCAUGGAAACUCCUUCUUUAGGGUGAAGCAGCUCAGUCUAGGGGACAGGUUGGACCUGGCCUCCUACCUGCUGAAACCCAUCCAGAGGAUGAGUAAGUACGCGCUCCUCCUGAAAGACCUCCUCAAGCAGCUCAGCCCGGCGGAGGAGGAGGGGUUUAACGCCCUGCAAGCAGCCAAUCACAUGAUCAGCUUUCAGCUUCGCCACGGCAACGACCUGCUGGCCAUGGACGCAAUCCGCCUCUGUGAUGUGAACCUGAAGGAGCAGGGUGCUCUGCUACGACAGGACCGCUUCACUGUACUGUCCGGGAGGAAGAAGAGUCUUCGUCACGUCUUCCUGUUUGAGGAGCUCCUCCUCUUCAGCAAACCCAGAGCUGUGGAAGGAGGCGUCGACCUCCUCUACAAACACUCAUUCAAGACAGCAGACCUGGGUCUCACAGCGUCCGCCGGGGAUGGCGGUCUACAGUUUGAGGUGUGGUUCAGGAAGCGUUGGUCCAGGAGCCACGCCCUCACCCUUCAGGCGUCGUCACAUAAAACCAAACAGGCCUGGACAGAUGACAUCACACACCUCCUCUGGUCCCAGGCCAACAGGAACAAAGGCAUUGAUGUGUGUAUUCCAGAGGUGAGGAUGAAAGAGAUGGUGUGUAUGGGAGUGGGCAGUAAACCGUUUUUGGACAUCAAAGAGACUGAUGCAGCCAUCAGCGACCGGUCUGUAAACUUUGUCAUGAAAAAGAGAGGUGCACGAACCCGAGCCUCCAUCGCGGUCUCUGGGUUUGACCACAUGUCUCUGACCUCCAACCUAAUAGGCUCCCGGCUGGGAUCCUUCAACAACCACCUGUACAGCAGGAGGAGUUCCUUGUCAGCUGAGAGCUCCUUCGCCUCCUCAUGUUUAGAAGAGGACACCAGCAGUCUGACGUUUACGACCACAGAGAAUUCCGGGUCGUCCGGCCACGUGUCUGUCUCCAGCGGCUCAGACAGUGGCUGCAUCUCCUCUCACCUGCACGACGGUUCAGCCAAUCCCUCACAAGUCUAAUGCUGAGUGGAUCUGUUUUUUUCAGAGCAAUUCUCCUGGGAAAGAACAUUGUUUUACAUAUGAUAUGUAUUGUAUUUAAUAAGCAGUAUUAGUACUGCUGUUUUCUAGGUACUGUUCCGUACCGUUUGUUCCUGAUCUCAGCUGGUGAUGCUAGUUUAACUUAGCCAGUUUCAGGUUUGGCAUCAAAACGUAAUGGUUAGCUCUAAACCACUAGCAGUUAACUAUCAUCAGCUUGCAUUUAAUUAUGACAAGUUGGCAGGUAGCUCUGACAAGCUAUCAGUUAGUUCGGACCAGCUAGCAUUUAGCUCUGUCCAGUUAGCAGUUUGCUAUUGUGUUGGCAUGCAAAUGGUCAUCUGUGGGAUGAGUGAGAUGUUCCAAAAUUGAUACUCAGGUAGACAGAUGUGAAUUGUGUUGUUGCCAUGGUGAUGUUUUUUAAUAUUUACAAACAAAGCUUUUAAGUUCAA